AUUGACACACCGCGGUCAGAGUUUGACAGUUUUGUUUUGACAGGAAAUCGUCACGUGACUAGCGUUAUCAUUCGAUUUUUUUCGUAUCAGAAGGUGAUUUGAAUAUUCGUGUGUUUUUUAUUCGUUUUUGACUGGAAUUUACUGAAAGAUAAACAUUACGAAAAAAUGGACGUGUAAUGGUUUUAUGUUGAAAUUCUUAUUCAGUAUGUUGGAUAUAAAACCGUCUACCGAUUACCUGAGUAGAAGCUCUACGUUUGGACAAUUCUCUAUGCUAUUUGAUACAUCAUACAAAGGAUCAUGGACUUCACAUUCAGCAGCUCAGUCUCAAGGUUAUGGAACCAACACACUUUCAAGUAUGACGAAAGCUUCACUGGAUCCUCAUGGCCACCUUAGACAACCUGAUCCUUAUCAAAUGUUCGGGCCCACCACCAGCCGUUUAGCGAGUUCAGGUUCUGGACAAAUUCAACUAUGGCAAUUUCUGUUAGAAUUGUUGAGUGAUUCGGCAAACGCAGCCUGUAUAACUUGGGAGGGCACAAACGGUGAAUUCAAAUUGACUGAUCCAGACGAAGUGGCAAGACGAUGGGGCGAAAGAAAGUCAAAACCCAACAUGAAUUACGAUAAACUUAGCAGAGCGUUAAGGUAUUAUUACGACAAAAACAUUAUGACGAAAGUGCAUGGAAAGAGGUACGCCUACAAGUUCGACUUUCAAGGUUUGGCAGCUGCAACUCAACCGGCGACGAGCGACCCUAGCAGUUACAAAUAUCAGAGCGACUUCUUUAUGAGCUCAUAUCAUCAUAGCGCCAAACUGGGUAGUUUUAUGGGACCUCAUGCCACCAUUCCAAGUUCAGCAGCAUCAAUAUUUCCAUCUCCAGGAUCGUACUGGAACAGUCCAAGCGCAAACCUCUACUCAAAUAUCGCAGCUACUACGCAUUCCAUCAGUCACCACGCAGCUCCCCAUCUAGGAGCGCCACCUUUGGGCAGUUAUCCCCACUACGCAUGACCAGCUCCGAAUACGGUUACGAGCGCAACCGAUUGGAGCCGAAAACUAAGUAUGUGAUUGCUUACUUGGAUCAAGUUUGCGUAAAUUUAAUAUUUUUUGUCGCAGGCAUAUUUCGAAAAAUAUGAAGUUCGGGUAGGCAUAGUUAAAGGUUCUUGUUAAAACUUAAUAAUUCUAUGUUGUAAAAAAAACACAGAAUGUUUUACUAUAACAGUUAAUAAUUUUCUUAAAUAUCUAUACAGAAAAUUAUUCCCUAAACAAUUUUCAGAAAAUACAUGAAAAUUAUGACAGAAGAAACAUCAAUUAUUCUUCCAUAUACAGAGGUAAUAGUGGGAAAGAAAUAUUAAUUUUAUUAAGAGAACCUUUAGCUUUAAAUGUAAGUAGAGGUAAAAGGAAGUAAAUGUUUUUAACAAAUAAUCUGUAAUUAAACUAUUGAAACUGUCUAGUCAUUCCCAAAGAAAAGAUUAUUAUUUUGCUGUGUUGUUAUAGUUGUAAAGUUUCUGUUAAAUAUAUGUUGUAUAGAUAAUACUCGAAGGAUCAUAGUAUUUCUGUAAAAUAUAGAUCAAAUUUGAUAGUCCUGGUGAGGAAAGAAUAUGUGUAUCAUAAUUUUUACAAUUAUGUACAUAUAAAUUUUAAAUUUUUACUAAUAGACGUAAUCUAUUUAGUAAAUAAUCAGGGUUCUUGAUUACAAGAAUGCAAUAAGUACAGGUAACUUUAAAUCUAUAUACAGGGUGGUUCGAACUGUAU